ACUAACCUAACUUAAAUCCUAACUUAACAAGUAGCAUAGCGAUGACGCUAUACGACCACACCUUGAGUUAAGAAGACGAGUACUAAUCAGACAACGCUUUAAACCAGUGUACAUAAUUUUUUUUUUUAAAUACGGUGCCUGAAGAGAAACUGGUUAAAGAUUUGAUCUAACUGAGAGGAUUGAAAUGGUCGUGUUAAAAUCUUGUUGGUCUCCAUGUAUUUGGACGAACAACGUUGAAACUGGCAGCAAGGCUGUAGCCUUCUAUGCAUCGGCGAUGAGCAUUGUCUUGAUUACCUUGAUAUCGUAUCAAUUAAAUGGCGGUGAUUCAACUCAGCUAUACAAUCCCCUUUUUGAAACAGACGUCAGAUUAUCUAUGCAAGUGUUCGGUGCACUUUUUAUUCUUUACUUUCUGGGACUGAUUGCAACUUCGAUACUUAUGGUCGCUGGUAUCAAACAGGGUAUCAGAGGACUGAUGCUCCCAUGGCUUGCCAUGUGGUUUAUUAUUUGUUUAUUUCAGCUAGUUUUUGGACUUUGGCUUUUAGGUGGCUACUACAUCUACCUACAAUCUGUGUUCGCAACAUUGUGUAAUUGGCUGUGGAUGUCGUACAACAUUUACUGCGGGCUUUGCGUGUACUCGUUUUACCAAAUACUCGCAGACUUGCAGUCACCUAAUAUCGAGCUUCUCUGGCCCUGAAUCAUUUAAUAUUUCGUUGAUAAAAUUUUGACAAAUUAGUUUUUAUAUUAUGGAUAGUUUCUACACUCGUAUUGAGAGUGGACAAGCAUAUAUCCGCACGAUUUGUAUCAAUUCAGUUUAUGCUUUUUAUCGAUAUUGACUCAGAUUUAUGUCAACCAAACUGAACAAUAAUUUCGUUUUCAUGUCACUUUGUGGAUUGCGGGUAAUGAAUUUUGUAAUUAAAUCAUUUUUUCUACAGACCGAAGACUGAAAUGGUUUGAUACCUGAUCAGCCACCGUCCAAAUUCGGUCCUAAAACUUAGACUUUAGUAAACCUAGAUUACGGUAGUGACAUUCCAUUGCAUAAAAUGCCAUAGGUAAUAAGAAAACCAAACUGGAUUAUCUUAAUUUUUAGACUUAAAAGAAUCUCCUGCAGCGUAUUUAUACAUUGUAAUCAUACAUAUUUAGGUCAAUCAUUGAUACGAUUUUUUUUUUUUUUUUAGAUUGUACAAAGCUCUAUAAACAUACAUAUAUUUAUAUUAUAUACAUCUGUAUAAUUGUUCGUUUUUUCUCCAGUUCUAUUGAACUUCAUUUACACAAUGAAUCGCUGCAUUGUCAAUCUGUAAAUCAAUGAUGAUGAAAAACAAAAAAAAAAAAAAACUGAUUAAACAAUUCCGUCCAUUACAAUUGGCGAUUCGUAGAGGGUAAUAACGAACUACCUCGAUAAUAAUGCGAUUCGUAUUGAUUACUUGUACCUUUUAAUUUUUGUAACAGUUUAUUCACACUAGUGCCUUAUAUGAUAUUAUACAAAAAUAAAAAGUGAAAAAAUGAAUAAA